GGGUCUAUUUUAAGCCCUUCAGCGUUUUACAUGCGUGCGCAUUAACAUAAUAUACCCUAUGCCUCAAGUGGGGAGGGAAAUAUAAAGAAGUAAUAAUAUAUAUGAAUUGUAAUAAUUAUAUCUAAACCCUUAAGACCCACGCAAAUAACUCUGUGUUCGAUUAGGUCUUUUUUACACAUCUCAGUGAAUUUUCGUUUGUGAUUUGCUGAAUAGAAGAAGAAGAAAUUUUUAUUUUAUUUGUAGAAUUAAAAUGCAAAAUAUAAGUUCGCAAAGAUUCUUGCAAAACUCUUUCGAUGUAAGACAAUGGACCCGAAAAAUGGCAAUUUUAGCGAAAGCAUUGAAAUUUUCUAAUUACGGCGAACCUGCUGAUGUUCUUGAAUUGGCGCAGGAACCGUUACCAUCGCCAGAAAAGAACCAAGUUCUUGUGAAAAUUUUAGCGGCUCCCAUAAACCCUGCGGACAUUAACACUAUACAAGGUAAAUAUCCAGUAAAGCCUAAAUUUCCAGCCAUUGCCGGCAACGAGUGCGUCGCAGAAAUUCAAGAAGUGGGUUCAUGUGUUAAAAAUCUUAAAAAAGGACAACGUGUCGUACCAUUUGUGACGGGCUUAGGAACUUGGUCAACACAUGCCAUCUAUGACGAAGAUCAGUUAUUGCCAAUUUCGGAUACAAUUGGAUUAGCCGAGGCUGCAACACUUACAGUAAAUCCUUGUACAGCCUAUCGAAUGUUAAAAGAUUUCGUAGAAGUUUUACCUGGACACUGCGUUAUACAGAAUGGAGCUAAUAGUGCUGUAGGUCAGGCAGUGCAUCAAUUGUGCAAAGCAUGGGGAAUAAAUUCGGUUGGGGUUGUACGUGAUCGUCCCGGCAUUCAGGACCUGAAAAAUUAUCUUAAAAAAUUAGGUGCCACGGAAGUCUUAACCGAAGAAGAAGUUCGUGCCAGUAAAAUUUUUAAAGAAAAUCAACUUCCGAAGCCUAUGCUGGCUCUUAAUUGUGUCGGAGGAAAAAGUGCUACCGAAAUUAGUCGCCAUUUAGAUGACAAGGGUGUUAUGGUCACAUAUGGCGGUAUGGCAAGAGAGCCAAUUGCGGUUGCUACUGCCUCUUUAAUAUUUAAAGAUAUUUCGUUUCGCGGUUUCUGGAUGACACGUUGGACCAAGGAAAAUAGCACGGCCCCUGAAAGAUUCAAAAUGUUUGAAGAUUUGUUGAAACUGAUAGAGCAAAAGCAAUUUAUAGCUCCCGUACAUGAAAUGGUGCCUUUAGAGAAAUAUAAAGAUGCUACGAAGGCAUCGUUAGAUUUUAAGGGACUCAUUGGAAAAAAAUACAUAUUGAGUAUGCAUUAGUAAGGAAAACAAAUGUUGUAUUCUAAUAUGUAAUGAACGACUCAAGGCAUAGGAUAGCGUGUGUGUUCUUUAAAAUCUGCGACUAUUAAAAUGAUCGCAGGUUGUUUGCACUGCGUUCGGAUUAAUCAGUUGUAAUUCUUUUCCAUCAUAUACAUUGGGUCACAUCCGAAAAUAAUUUUCGUGAUUUAAUUGCAGUCAGUCAGUUCCUUUGGUAAGGCCUCGUCGUUUUCGUUUUGUUUUUUGUUUAUUCAUUUUGGCCGAAAAAUAUACGGUUGAGAAAAGAUUGCGAAUUAUCAAAGCUCCGCCAUAAAAACGUGCCUUCGAUUACUGCUACUUAAUGUGCUUCAAAACAAGUUGAUCUUUGAUGUACUUGCCGCGAGCUAUUGAAAAACAUUUGGUAACAAAUUGAUUAUAUCAUAACAGACUCGCACUCACAAAAAAACUGAAAGGAAAGGAAAGGAAAAGGGCAGCGAAUUUAUAGAAUAUGUACGUGUUUCCCCUUAGUGCAGAUUUGAACAAAUGGAAAGACAUCUAGAACUCAGAGGCGUGCUA